AUGAGCCAAGCUUGUAAACUUUGUGAUGCUUUAACAGUAGAACGUGAUGCAGCACAACAAAACUUACAUGAAGCGCGGAAAAAAUUCUCUGAAUUUCAAAAUGAUUUUCAACGUGAAAAUAAAAGCGAUCUGACUAAAUCAAUAGCGGAAUUACAAGAAAUAUUACAAACUAAAGAAGAGUUAUUAUGCAAACUUGAAGAUCGACAAAAACUUACUGAGACAGAACUUCAGAAAGUUUCUGAAGAACGACAAAUAUCAAUACAAAAUCUUGAAAAAGUUGAAAAUAAAUUGAGGGAGGUUGAACAAACAAAAGAUAAGCUGUUAGUGGAAAAAAAACAGUUGCAAAUGAAGUUGAAUGAUCACGAAGCAAAAAACGAGCAACUUAAGCAAUGUAUUGAAGAAAGUAAUCAUCAACUAAGGAAUCUGCAGAUUAUUCAGGAAAAGCUUAAAGAAAGUGAGGAAGCAGUAGUAGUAGGUCAUAGUCGAGUUAACGAAUUGGAAAGUGAAAAUCGCCAGCUCAAUCACCAGUUAGAUUUGGAGCUGAAAAAAGCUGAUCGUUUACGGGAAGAUUUAAUUGUUACAAAAUCACGAUACAAUGAUAUGAUUUCACGUUUACGCUCAAUUUGUGUCUCAAUUCAAUUGAAUGGUGGCAAAUGCGAUGUUGCAAAAGUAAAUCCUGAAAAUGUUGAAAAUGAUGAUGAAGUGAUUAUCACCAUUAUUGAUGAUAUUAUCAUGGAAGCUCUAGCAACUGCAAAACGUGAAGCAGAUUCUCUUAGAUUACAACAGCACACUCAAAUUGCAGAACUUAAUGACCUUCGUCAAGAUAUCGAACAACUGAGAAGCGAUCAUGAUGACGAUGAUGAUCAUAAUGAUUUCCAAAGUUCAGAUAUCCGCAAAUAGAGAUCAAAAAGUAAUUUGAGUGAAGAUGAUGAUCGUUUACGUGAAUUAACCACGGAAAAUACAAAUAUCAAAGAGCAGGUAUUUCUUUUGCAAGAACGUAUUCGAGAAAUGCAACAAGAAAAUUCAUCAAAAUGUGGUGAAGUUGCAUCGUUGAAAAGAGAACUGGAGAAGCUACAACAAAGUGCAGCUAAUCGCAAUAAAUUACAAACGGAAUUUGCAAAACUUCAAAUUUUAGCGCGAAACCUGCAACAUCAAAAAUCACUUCAAUCGAUGCAUGAUUCUCUUCUGAUGGAUUACGAUCGAAUUCAAGCAAUGCAUGAUCUGCUCAAUGCUGAUUACGAACGUGCAAAAUGUGAUAAUGACCAGCUAAAAAUUAGACUAAAGAAUCAAAAAGAAGCAACAGAUGGAAUAAUGAACGAGCUAAAAGAAUUGAAGGGAAAAUUUGUAGACGAACGUGCAAGAUGUGAUCAUGAAGUUGAAAUUCUUCGUCAAGACUUGACAGCACUUCGUAACGAGCAUGACAGAGUGAAAGAAGAAAGUUUUUCUCGCACGCAAGAUGCUGAAUGUAAUGCUCAGAGCUUGCGAGAAUUUCAACUUGCAGAACAAGAACAACGUGCGUUUAACACACAUUUGACGUUAAAAAUUGAAGAUUUGCAACGAAAUUUAGAAGCUCGAGACCUGGAGAUCGCUGAAUUACGUCAACAAAUCAAAAUGCUUACGCAUGUAAAUAGUAAUUUGGAAAAUAAAAAUCGAAUUUUACACCGAAAGAUGGAGCAUUUAUUAACACCAAGUCCAGAUUUUAUCCGCAAAAUAACAAAUAGUUACGAUAACGACUUACAUGAUCAAAUAGAUAUGCAAGCGAAAAAAGUUGUUUUUAAGGGAAAAAUAUCGCUUUCGAACAAUCAUUCUAAGAAAUUCGACGCAGAAAAAGUUUCAGUCAAAGAAAUACCGCAAACAUUUGUGAAACGAACCGCUUCUAAAUCGUAUAUUUCUCAGAAUGACGUAUCACGUGAUUCGUUAGCAAAAUUUGUCGCAAACGGUACCACAUGUUCUGACACCAAAUUAUCCAGCGGUAUCAAUGGGUUUUCCGUGUUAGGCAAUGAAAGCGCUGCUUAUUCGGCGGAAGGAGCACCGGUGACUGCACGGAAUUCGCCUUUCUCAAAUGGUUUUCAGUCUGCACCAGAUGUUCAACCAAGUAGUUCAUCAGACGAGUUAAACUCCAUUAGUAGCAGUUAUAUAUCACGACACAGUAAUGUUGAAAAAUUCCGUAGGCAUUCAGGCCCCAGCAGCAAUUCUUCACGAGCGUUCUUGAGGAACGUUGUUUGUGCCGAAUACUCAUCCAUACGACGACGUGCAGUUUCUGUUAGCAAGCAUUCUGCUGAUGAGUCUGUCAGUUUAAAUGGUUCGGAACGUGGAGUAGACGUACCUCCGCCAAAUCAGUCUCGGCCUUUACGUUCUUGCUCUCAAGAAAGCACAAAUUUACUCUGUCGAGCUUUAAGCAGUAGACCACCUCCUCCUGCAUAUCAACCGAAAACUUCUACAAAACAAUUUGACAUAAAUACUCAACCAUCACAGUCAUCUUGUCAAACACAGCUUGCUACCUCUGUAGGAAGACUUUCACAGAAUGAAGUGCCAGCGAGUAAACAACAGUUAGCUGUUGAUGAAGUUGUGUCAUCCGUAAAUGACAUUUCUGCAGUGAAAAGAACACAACGUUUGAUUCACGACCGGAAAGAAAAAGCAGUUAGUAUUUACGAAAAUGUUAAUCAGGAACAAUCAGGCAAUAAUUUGGAGAGCAACACUGUGUGGUAUGAAUAUGGCUGUGUGUAA